UCCAGCCACUGCCCGCCGAGGAGAGUGGAGGGGUAGCAGGCUACGUGGUCCAUGAUUUGGUCCGGGAGCUCAUCAUUCUCACUGUCAGCUGAAGAGAAUUUUGUGACGGUGUCGGCUCACUUGAUCAAUCUUGUGCCGCGUGACAAGAUCCGGCGCCUGUCUCUCCAGUUCAACCAAGAGGUGACCCCCACAAUGCCGAGCAGCGGCAUCCUGUCAAAUCUCCGAUCCCUGACCAUCUUUGGGAGCGAUGAAGAGAACCAGCAUGAUCCCUGCCAAUUCCGUUUUCUGCGGGUGUUGGGCCUCGAAGAUGCCGAGGCAUUGAAGAAGAAAGAUCAUCAGCUCCAGAGCAUACACAAGCUGUUUCAGUUGAAGUAUUUGGGGCUCGGUGGAGCGGUCUCUAAGCUCCCAAAACAGAUUCAAGUACUGGAGAACUUGGAGACACUGGAUAUAAGCCGGACGGGGAUCCGGCAAUUAUUGGCCGUGGACGGUCGUGGAUUCGGGAAGCUGGUGCAUCUCCUGGGGACAGACUUGGAGCUGCCAAGUGGUGUGGGGAACAUGAAGGAGCUGCAAGAGCUGUCAAUGGUGGAGGUAAACCAAAGCAGCACAGCGCAGUACGUGCAAGAGCUGGGAAAGCUGGAGAACCUCAGGAUCCUUGGGCUCAAGUGGAGCCUCAAGAAGGAUGACAACGACUGCGAAGGUUGCGAGAAGAGGUUGGUCGAAGCUCUGAAGAAGCUGGGGGGUGCUCAGCCUGCAGUCUCUGUGCCUCGAUGCUGGUAAGAACAGCUCCCUCGAUUUCCUCGAGUCGUGGGAGCCGUCGCUGAAGCUUGGGCAAUUCAAGCUGGCCUGCUCACACUACUACUUCCCUCGGCUUCCAACGAAGAUGGCCGAUGCCAAAAUCCUAGCCUGCCUGGAGAUUGGGAUCGCCACGGUGCAAGAGGGAGAUCUAAAGAUCCUCAGGGGCCUACCUGCACUGAUCUUCCUCAAGCUACGUGUCAAAGCAUCCAGCGGGCUAGUCAUUGGUAACCAGGGGUUCACAAGCCUGGAGGAGUUCUGGUACGAGAGUGGCGACGUCACGGUCACCGGGCUGAAAUUCGAUAAGGGAGCCAUGCCGAAGCUCUGGAAGCUUCGUCUCCGGUGCGAUGCAAGGUCCGUCGUCCAUGCAAGUCCCGAUCUUGGCCUCAUAAACCUCGUUAGCUUGAAGCUUGUCCUUGUCAAGAUGGACUGCGAGGACUCUGAUGGUCCGGCCGUGAAGAACGCCGAGGCUGCCAUCACACGAGCUGCCCAGGGCUCUCCCACAUGCAGACUGGAGAUCACCAUUUCAGUUGAAACAGCCGGGUUGAAGUUUGUGCUGCUGAGUGUCGUCCACCAGCCCUCCACCAGAAGCAUUCCGUCUACUACCUCUACUCGCAUUCUGUUCAUCAUCUUCCGCCGCCGCAGCAGAGACAACUCCGACCUCGUUUCCUCAGCAUUCCGUCGUCGUCUUUCAGAUUACUAGAAACACAACGCACGCUCUGCGCGCCC